CGGAAGUGAGCGGGGGAGACCGGAAGUGAGGUCUGGAGCUGUAACGGCGGCGCGGCGCUCGGUGCGCGCGGCGAGGCCCGGGGACUACGGCCCCGGCGUACCAUGGCCCGCGGGCGGUCCCGGAAGCGGUCUCGGAGCAGCAGCAGCCGCAGCCCCUCUGGGAGCGGACGGGAGAAGCGCGGCGUGAGGAGCGGUGCGGCCUCCCCGGGUCCCCGGCACCGGCCGAGCUCUGCGGCCGCCAGGGAAGGUAGGGAGGGCCCUGCACCCGCGUUCCCCCGCCUCCCUCCCCCCCCGUGGUGCUGUGCUGAACUCCCACUGUGUGUUGCAGGAAGGAAGAAGGAGGGUAGGAAGAAAAAGAAGAGGAAGGCAAACGCUUCAUCCUCUGACAGUUCGUCGUCCUCCCGCUCCUCCUCAUCCUCCUCCUCCACCUCCUCCAGUGACAGUGACACCAGAGCGAAGCGGCACGGCAAAAGGAAGAGAGGGAAACACAAAGACAAGAAGAAGAAGAAGAAAAUAAAGAAGAAAUUGAAGAAGUCAAAAGAAAGAGUUAAGGAGGACAGAGGCGUGAGUGAGGCACUGCCCGGCCCUUCACUGGAGCUGUGGCAGAAGGAGCCACAGGUCGACCCCGGGCCAGUUUUGACAGAUGAGCAGAAGUCCCGAAUCCAGGCUAUGAAGCCAAUGACAAAGGAGGAAUGGGACGCGAGGCAGAGUGUUAUCAGAAGAGUGGUGGAUCCUGAAACAGGGAGAACCAGGCUUAUUAAGGGAGAUGGAGAAGUGCUGGAGGAAAUCGUCAGCAAGGAGAGACACAAGGAAAUUAACAAGCAAGCCACCCGUGGGGAUGGGCUGGCCUUCCAGGUGAGAACGGGGAUGCUGCAGUGAGCCUGUGCUGUAGCUGUGCUGGAGACUUGUCUUGCUGUGGGCAUAGCCCUGGCGCACUGAUGAGCUGGACCUGCAGGCAGCACUGCAUCGGUAGGCUUCCCUGGGGCAGUGUCAUUCAGUCUGUAAGUUACUGCCUGGGAAGGAGAAAGACCUUAAUGGUUCAUCUCCCAUUAAACAGCUUCUCUCCUUCCUCUCAUAACUGGGGCCAGCAUGGCUGUAAUGCUGCUUGCCCUUGUGACCCUUUGAAGGCCUGAGGAGCUCAGCAGCACAGAGAUGCUGAUGCCUUAUCUCUGGGCUUCUGUUGGCAGGAGCUGGCACAGGGUCUGCAGCAGGGCUGCAACACUGACAGCUGCGUCUUCCCUUCAGGGGCUGCUUUUGGUCCCUUUUGUGCUGCUCUGUCUGCCCCACGCGCUGAGAACCUGGGGACAGAGGUUUUGCUCACCCAUUGUGUGGAGAGGAACCUUUGCCUUGCUCUCUUCCUGCCUUUUCCUGCAGUGUGGCAGCAAUGCCGUCAGCAGCUUGGGGGCCCACACCCACAGUAACACAAAUGCCUGUUGUUUUCCCCCACUGCAAAGUCCAUACAUCUAUGAACUUUAAAAUAAUAAAAAGUGGUUAUAGGACAAAUGAGUGACGCAGGACUGUCCUGCACAAAUUUCCAUGCUCUGUUUGUUGCUCUAACCCCCAUUAAAGUGGCGCUUGCUCA